AACGCAAAACCUGCUCUGAAAGAGUGCGAACCGACACACUGCAUGCCACACAUAAGCUACAAGGCUCUUCUGACAAUAGGCAGACAGCUUCAUGACCGCCUUCCAAUACAAUUUCUGAAGAACACUCUUAUGGCCUUCCAAGUUGCCAUGGAGAAACUUGAGAGCCUUGUUAACGCUGGCCGCCUUGAGCGCAUCAUAGCAGCAUGGCGUAAUGUUGCAAAGGACUCAAAAAGGGCAAAAGUGUACUUUAAGAGGUUGAAAAUGGGGUUUAUAGAAAUCGGCUACAAAGUCCACCAGACUGAGGAGGGAUGGGACGGACUCUCAGUGCUCCCGACCAGCCUCUCAACGAAGAUCUUCCAUUUAUUAGAGUUGCGAGACUUGCUCAAUUGUGCUGAGGUAUGUUGCACAUGGAAAGCUAUAAUCCAGUCAGGCCCACUGUGGAGUCAGAUAAACUUCUCUGUGGAGAAAGACUGGAUAACAGAUGGUACAAUGAAGCAGAUUCUGCAGAACUACCGCCCAUUCGUCGUCCAUCUCAAUCUGCGCGGCUGUGUGUUUAAAAAAUGGCCCGGCUUGAAAUGUAUAAGUGAAUGCAAAAAUAUCCAAGACCUUAAUUUGUCAGAGUGUAUUAAUGUUACAGACAUGAUGGUUCAGAGGAUUGUCGAGGGCUGUCUCUGUUUGCUCUACUUGAAUCUUUCUUGCACACUUAUAACAAACAAAACUCUCAGAGAACUGUCCAGGAAUUGUCUGAACCUUCAAUACCUGAGUCUGGCGUACUGCUACAGAUUUACAGAUAAAGGCUUCAUGUACCUGGCCACGGGGAAGGGCUGCCACAAGCUCGUCCACCUCAACUUGUCCGGCUGCACUCAGAUGACUGUAAAUGGUUUCAGAUACAUUUCUGCUGGAUGCCGUUCACUCAAGGACAUCGUGAUCAAUGACAUGCCCACGCUAUCAGAUAGCUGUGUCUUGGCGCUGAUUGCCAGAUGUCACAGUCUGUCUGUCGUUUCUCUGCUGGGUGCUCCUCACAUUUCCGACCUCGCCUUAAAGGCCAUCGCUGAAGUCACCAAACUGAAGACUUUUAGGAUGGAGGGUAACAAUCAACUGACAGACAAGAGCUGGACGGCCCUGUGCAGCAGCUCACAAGGCCUCCGCAGACUCCACGCUGCAGAAUGUCCCGGAAUGACUGAUGCCAGCCUCAAAUCUGUGGCCAAGCUCAAGAACCUGCAGCACCUGGACAUCUCUCUUUGUAACAGUGUGACUGAUACUGGGAUCCAGUAUCUGACUGAAGGUUCCUCAUCCACCAAACUGAGAGAGCUGAAUGUCAGUUCCUGCAGUCUCAUCACAGACACAUCUGUCAUGAGGAUUGCACAAAGGUUUUGUAAACUGUACCAUCUCAACUUGAGUUAUUGUGAGAGACUGACUGAUACAAGUCUGGAGUGGCUGAGUGGCAGCUCUAUCUGCUCUCUGGACAUGAGCGGUUGCAACAUCCAGGAUCAGGGUCUGGCGUCUCUUCAGGGAAUUUUCUUGAAGAAGUUAGUUCUUGCUGAAUGUAUUUCCAUCACAGAUGUUGGCAUGGAGAAGCUGUGUAAGACUGUGAGAGAUCUGGAGCAUGUUGACGUGUCUCACUGUGGAGCUCUGUCAGACUCGGCCAUCAGAGCGGUUUCAUUUUACUGCAGCGGUCUAGUCACACUGCGGAUGUCAGGGUGUGCCAAGAUGACAGAUAUGGCAGUGCAGUAUCUGACAAGUGGAUCUCAGUACCUGCGAGAGCUUGAUGCGAGUGGCUGUGUUCUUCUCACAGAUCGCAGUAUCCGACGCUUAGAGAGGGUCUGUCCUCCACUCGGCUCCAUCUCGAUGCUCUGCUGCAGCAGCAUCUCCAAGGUGGCCGCUUUAAAGCUUCGCCCACACGUGAAGCACUGGGAACACAGCAACGACAACCCUCCAUACUGGUUUGGGUCCAACAUGGGCCAAAUAGUGUCUCCAGUCACAAGAUCCAUCAAGACUGAUUACACCUGGGAAGAGGCGGAGCCAGUGAUGACAAGAGCAGCAAGUACAGAGAGGGUAUAAACGGAUCUCAAUCGGUAAUAAUAUUGUACAAAUACAGCCCUGUGUAAUCAGUCACCUUAAUUUUGAGGAGAUUAUUUCAAAGUAAUCAAGGAGCCUAUUCAACAAAUAAUUUAGCAUGACACACUUGAGAUAAUCCACAGAAACUAGUCAUAUGGUUAACAAUCCCAAAUCCCUGGUUUGUAAUCAGGUGGAGGCUCAGCCGUCUGGACCGAGACGACCCAGUGAUGCGUUGGAUGUCAUCAGCUCCUCACAAAGGAAUGUCCUCUGCUUUUCUGUUUUGA